AUCCCUAAUCUUUUUUUAGUUUCGCCUGCAUGUGGCAGUAAUGGUGUCGGUGACGCCUUGGUGACGCUUGUCACCGACAUGGAAACUGGAGCUAAGGCCGUCUGUGCAGGGGAUAAGACGGUGAACUUCGUCUCCAGCAAUGGCGUGGAAUUCACGUUACCGGUGUCGUACCCAGUUGCAGGUGGGGGAUCUUCCCCUUGUAAAUUUGUGAAAAAGAAGGACGCACUGGUGUUCACCAUCCAAGUGGAGGUGGGGUACGGUCGUCGUGGCAGUCGCCUCCACCAGCAUGAUGAACAAUACACAAUAACCUGCUCCUUUCAGCCAGGCGCCUCGAAAGAAAGUGGUUCGCUGUCUGUUAAACCCGGAUUCAAACCACCAAAAGUGAUCGCCGGGAAUAAGCCGCCUGUGAGUAAGUCUUCAAUCCAUUUGUACGUCGUUGAUGUCAUCGGGAGGAAACUUGGUGCCUCCGCACCAGCAGGCAAGAUGGUGAGAUUGAAGGCAGUCACUCUCGGACUAAAGGACAAAGGCCUCCGUGCCGAAUCGUGCGAUGCUAUGAAUGCGAAGGGUGGCAGGUAUCCUGUUCUGAGAUCGGGCCGUCGUGUUUUGCGAAGGCAUCGGGGCGCAGACGCCGAGAUCAGCCAGGUGAGAGUACUGGGACAUUUCUGUAUGGUUCGAAGGGCCAUAUCGCGAACGCAGUGACGUUGACUAGUGAUCCUGUUAACGUCCAGAAGAUAAUGGCCCCAGUUCAACUACUCAAAGCUCACCGGUCACGUGUUCGACACAACCUGUAAACUGUACCUAAUUGGUGGUUGGGUUAAUAAAAUUAUAGAAAAACACUUA